CUUUUUUUGUUUUUUCCCUCAAAUCUUACCGAAUCCCCCAACACAUUUUUCUCGGCACGCCUAAACGCUUUCCUCUCCCUCUCCCCCUCGCAAAUUCGCGGCGCCUUCGUCGACGAUGGCCUCAUCCGCGCCGAAUCCCCCUCUCCUCCCCAUCUCCAACCCAUCCUCCGGCGCCGGAGCGGCGACCGCGCCCCUCUCCGGUGCGGCGGAUCCGCCGAUCGCGACGCCGGCGUUCCGGCUCUUCCUGUCGCGGCUCUCCGAGUCGGUGCGGCGCUCGCUCUCCAACCGCCGCCCCUGGUCGGAGCUCGCCGACCGGUCCGCGUUCUCCCGCCCCGACUCCCUCGCCGACGCCACAUCGCGCCUCCGCAAGAACCUCGCCUACUUCCGCGUCAACUACGCCGCCCUCGUCGCCGCCGCCCUCGCCAUCUCCCUGCUCGCCCACCCCUUCUCUCUCGCCCUCCUCCUCGCCCUCCUCGCCGCCUGGUGCUUCCUCUACCUCUUCCGCCCCGCCGACGCCCCCCUCGUCCUCCUCGGCCGCUCCUUCUCCGACCGCGAAACCCUCGGCGCCCUCGUCCUCCUCUCCGUCUUCGUCGUCUUCCUCACCUCCGUCGGAUCCCUCAUCAUCUCCGCCCUCAUGCUCGGCGCCGCCCUCGUCUGCGCCCACGGCGCCUUCCGCGUCCCCGAGGACCUCUUCCUCGACGAGCCCGAGCCCGCCGGAGGGGCCGCCGCCGGCCUCCUCUCCUUCCUCGGCGGCGCCGCCUCCUCCGCCGCCGCCGCCGCCGGCCCUGCGGUCGCCGCGCGCGUCUGAUCGGAUCCCCCUCAGAUCUGCGACAGAUCGCAUGAAAGACACUAGAGGGGAGGACAAAUGCAUACUUUGAAAGGAAGAAGCUAGCAAUAUAUUCAUGGAAUUGCAUUUAGAAGUAACAUUACAGAGAUCUCCUUUAUAUAGCAUCAGAAAUUUUUAAGCAUAUUCUUUUAUUUAGUAUGGAAUUCUUGUGAUAAGUUUUAUACUAUAGUUUUUUUUCCCCUUUUUCUUUGUACUGAAAUCAUUUAUGAACUCGUGAUACUUUAUAAUGCUACCUUUUAGUUAUGUCGUGAACAAGUGCUGGUAUUUUUCCAUGCGUAUAUCGGCUGUUUGAAGGAUACUUUUGGUUGGUUGAAGGUUUCACAAAAUGUUUGCAUCUUGAGAUAUACAAAUAUAUGUAGCUGGAGAUUCUUCUUUA